UUUGAAACGUUAUGGAGUCAUAUUCACCUGCUUGGUGACUAGAGCCAUCCACAUAGAAGUGGUGGAGUCAAUGGAAACUGAUUUCUAUAUUAAUGCUUUUAGAAGGUUCAUUGCCAGGCGAGGCCCGGUCACCUCCAUCCGGUCUGACAAUGGGACAAAUCUUGUGGGAGCUGAGAAGGAGCUUCGCAAAGAACUUGAGAAAUUGAAGCACUCUGUGAUUGCAGAGGUCAUGUUGCUCAAGGGUGUCACAUGGCAGUUCAAUCCUCCUCAUGCUUCGCACUUUGGCGGAGUAUGGGAACGCCAGAUUCGCACAAUUCGACGAGUACUCCGUGGCCUGUGUCACCAGCAGGUCAUGACAGAUGACACUCUGCACACCCUAUUCUGUGAGGUAGAAGCUAUCAUAAAUGGCAGGCCAUUAACCAGGGUUACUGAUGAUCCUGAUGGUCCUCAACCACUAACACCCAACAUGCUGCUAACCCUGAAAGGUGCAGGAGGUCCAAUAACGGAUACUGAUCAUAGUGAUCUUUAUGUUCGUCGACGUUGGAGGCAAGUUCAAUACCUGGCAGACCUCUUCUGGAAGAGGUGGACAAAGGAAUAUCUUCCACUUCUCCAGGAACGCCAGAAGUGGACCACGAGACAGCGUAACCUGAAGGUUGGAGAUAUUGUUCUGAGCCUAGACAACAAACUGCCCCGAGGUUCAUGGCCUUUGGGACGUGUGCUGGAAGUGAUAAGUGAUGCUGAUGGUCACGUGAGGAGUGCUCGCUUGAAAACUGCUAGUGGAGAGUACCUCAGACCAAUUAGCAAGAUGUGUCUUUUGCUAGAAAAUGAAAUAGAUGUAGGUGUCAGUAAAGGGUGUACGCCGAACGCUGCCCUUAAAUGCUGA